CUCCUUCCCCCCCGCCUGCCCUCCCCCCCCUCCCUCCGUCGGUACCGACUCACCCGACACCAGCCAGCCGCAGGGAGGGACGCCCCCGCCGACAGGAGGAUUGGUUCCCGGGCCCGCGGCGAUGCCCCCCCGGUAGCUCGGGCCCCUGCUCGGGUGUUUGUGAGUGUUUCUAUGUGGGAGAAGGAGGAGGAGGAAGAAGAAGCAGCGAUUUGUCUUCUCGGCUGGUCUCCCCCCGGCUCUACAUGUUCCCUGCACUGAGGAGACGGAAGAGGAGCCGUAGCCACCCCCCCUCCCGGCCCGGAUUAUAGUCUCACGCCACAGCGGCCUCGGCCUCCACUCGGAUUCAGACGCCGAUUCGCCCAGAGUUUGGGAAAUGGAAAGUAAUGACAGCUGGCACCUGAACUAAGUACUUUCCUAGGCAACACCAUUCCAGAACUUCAGGAUGAAUGGGGAUAUGCCCCAUGUCCCCAUAACUACUCUUGCGGGGAUCGCUAGUCUCACAGACCUCCUGAACCAGCUGCCUCUUCCAUCUCCUUUACCUGCAACAACUACAAAGAGCCUCCUCUUUAACUCACGAAUAGCAGAAGAGGUGAACUGCCUUUUGGCCUGUAGGGAUGACAGUUUGGUUUCACAGCUUGUCCAUAGUCUCAACCAGGUAUCAACAGAUCACAUAGAACUGAAAGAUAACCUUGGGAGCGAUGAUCCAGAAGGUGAUAUACCAGUCUUGUUGCAGGCCGUCCUGGCAAGGAGUCCAAAUGUCUUCAGGGAGAAAAGCAUGCAGAACAGAUAUGUACAAAGUGGAAUGAUGAUGUCUCAGUAUAAACUUUCUCAGAAUUCCAUGCACAGUCCUGCAUCUUCCAAUUACCAACAAACCACUAUCUCACAUAGCCCCUCCAGCCGGUUUGUGCCACCACAGACAAGCUCUGGGAACAGAUUUAUGCCACAACAAAAUAGCCCAGUGCCUAGUCCAUAUGCCCCACAGAGCCCUGCAGGAUACAUGCCAUAUUCCCAUCCUUCAAGUUACACAACACAUCAACAGAUGCAGCAAGCAUCAGUAUCAAGUCCUAUUGUUGCUGGUGGCUUGAGAAACAUCCAUGAUAACAAAGUUUCUGGUCCAUUAUCUGGCAACUCAGCUAAUCAUCAUGCUGAUAACCCUAGACAUGGCUCAAGUGACGACUACCUACACAUGGUGCACAGGCUAAGUAGUGAUGAUGGUGAUUCUUCAACAAUGAGGAAUGCUACAUCUUUUCCUUUGAGGUCUCCUCAGCCAGUGUGUUCUCCUGCUGGAAGUGAUGGAACACCUAAAGGAUCAAGACCACCUUUAAUUCUACAAUCUCAGUCUUUACCUUGUUCAUCACCUCGAGAUGUUCCUCCAGAUAUCUUGCUAGAUUCUCCAGAGAGAAAACAAAAAAAGCAAAAGAAAAUGAAAUUAGGCAAGGAUGAAAAAGACCAGAAUGAGAAAGCUGCAAUGUAUGAUAUAAUUAGUUCUCCAACCAAGGACUCUACAAAACUUACGUUAAGACUUUCUCGUGUAAAAUCUUCAGAUAUGGACCAGCAAGAGGAUAUGCUAUCUGGUAUGGAAAAUAGCAAUGUUUCAGAAAAUGAUAUUCCUUUUAAUGUGCAGUAUCCUGGACAGACUUCAAAAACACCCAUUACUCCACAGGACGUAAACCGCCCACUUAAUGCUGCUCAGUGUUUGUCGCAGCAAGAACAAACAGCAUUCCUUCCAGCAAACCAAGUGCCUGUUUUACAACAGAACACUUCAGUUGCUACGAAACAACCACAGACUUCUGUAGUACAGAAUCAGCAACAGGUAUCACAGCAGGGGCCGAUAUAUGAUGAAGUAGAAUUGGAUGCACUGGCUGAAAUUGAGCGGAUAGAAAGAGAAUCAGCCAUUGAAAGGGAGCGCUUCUCAAAGGAAGUUCAAGAUAAAGAUAAACCUUUGAAAAAAAGAAAACAAGAUUCUUACCCACAGGAGGCUGGGGGUGCUACAGGAGGUAAUAGACCAGCUUCUCAGGAGACGGGUUCUACGGGAAAUGGGUCAAGGCCAGCAUUAAUGGUUAGCAUUGAUCUUCAUCAGGCAGGAAGAGUGGACUCUCAGGCUUCUAUUACUCAGGAUUCAGACUCCAUAAAAAAGCCUGAAGAAAUCAAACAGUGUAAUGAUGCACCCAGUUCUGUUCUUCAGGAAGAUAUUGUUGGAAGUCUUAAGUCUAUACCAGAAAACCAUCCUGAGACACCUAAAAAAAAGUCUGAUCCUGAGCUCUCCAAAAGUGAAACGAAACAAAAUGAAAGUAGGUUGUCAGAAUCUAAACCAAAUGAAAACCAACUGGUGGAGACAAAGUCAAAUGAAAGUAAGUUAGAAACUAAAACUGAAACCCAAACAGAAGAACUUAAACAGAAUGAAAACAAAGCUGCAGAAUCCAAACAAAAUGAGAGCACUGUAGUUGAGCCUAAGCAGAAUGAAAGUAGACUAUGUGACACAAAACCAAAUGACAACAAACAAAACAAUACCAGGUCAGAAACAACAAAAUCAAGACCUGAAACCCCAAAGCAGAAAGCUGAAAGCCGGCCUGAAACUCCAAAACAAAAGGGUGAAGGUCGGCCUGAAACCCCAAAACAGAAGGGUGAUGGACGACCUGAGACUCCAAAGCAAAAGGGUGAAGGCCGGCCGGAAACUCCAAAGCAAAAAGGUGAAGGCCGGCCUGAAACCCCAAAACACAGGCAUGAAAAUAGGAGGGAUGCUGGAAAGCCAUCAACAGAGAAAAAGCCCGAUGUGUCUAAGCAUAAACAGGAUAUCAAAUCUGACUCACCUCGCUUAAAAUCAGAAAGAGCUGAAGCCUUAAAACAGAGACCUGAUGGGCGAUCUGAGUCAUUAAGACGUGACCAUGAUAGUAAACAGAAAUCAGACGACAGGGGUGAGUCAGAACGACAUCGGGGGGAUCAGUCAAGGGUUCGAAGACCAGAAACACUGAGAUCUUCUAGUAGAAAUGAACAUAACAUUAAAUCUGAUGGUUCAAAACCUGAGAAGCUAGAAAGAAAACACAGGCAUGAAUCAGGGGACUCACGGGACAGAACUCCUGGGGAACAAAAAUCAAGACCAGAUAGUCCUCGCGUAAAACAAGGAGAUACUAAUAAGUCAAGACCUGGUUUUAAAUCACCAAAUAGUAAAGAUGACAAAAGGACAGAGGGUAACAGAAGUAAAGUAGACAGUAAUAAAGCGCACACUGACAAUAAGGCUGAAUUUCCAAGCUAUUUGUUGGGGGGCAGGUCUGGUGCAUUGAAAAAUUUUGUCAUUCCAAAAAUCAAGAGGGAUAAAGAUGGCAAUAUUACUCAGGAAACUAAGAAAAUGGACAUGAAAGGAGAGCAAAAAGACAAAGUAGAAAAAAUGGGAUUAGUUGAAGAUCUAAACAAAGGCGCUAAGCCUGUAGUUGUUCUGCAAAAACUGUCGCUGGAUGAUGUCCAGAAGCUAAUUAAAGAUAGAGAGGAUAAAGCAAGAAGUUCCCUUAAGUCUAUCAAGAAUAAGCCAUCCAAGUCAAACAAAGGUAGUAUAGAUCAAUCAGUGUUAAAAGAAUUGCCCCCCGAACUCCUGGCAGAAAUUGAAUCUACCAUGCCACUUUGUGAACGUGUGAAAAUGAACAAACGCAAGCGUAGCACAGUUAAUGAAAAGCCAAAAUAUGCUGAAAUCAGUUCAGAUGAAGAUAAUGAUAGUGAUGAAGCUUUUGAAUCCUCUAGGAAACGGCAUAAAAAGGAUGACGAUAAAGCUUGGGAAUACGAAGAACGUGACAGAAGAAGCUCUGGGGAUCAUAGGAGAAGUGGCCACUCACAUGAAGGAAGAAGGAGCUCAGGUGGCGGUCGUUACCGAAACCGAAGUCCAUCAGAUUCUGAUAUGGAAGAUUACUCUCCUCCUCCCAGCCUUAGUGAGGUUGCUAGAAAAAUGAAGAAAAAAGAAAAACAAAAGAAAAGGAAAGCUUAUGAACCGAAAUUAACACCCGAAGAAAUGAUGGAUUCUUCAACUUUUAAGAGAUUUACAGCCUCAAUAGAGAAUAUUUUGGAUAAUUUAGAAGAUAUGGAUUUUACUGCAUUUGGUGAUGAUGAUGAAAUCCCUCAGGAACUGCUGUUAGGAAAGCAUCAGCUUAAUGAACUUGGGAGCGAAUCUGCUAAGAUUAAAGCCAUGGGUAUAAUGGACAAGCUUUCAACUGAUAAAACUGUGAAAGUCCUAAAUAUAUUGGAGAAAAAUAUUCAGGAUGGAUCAAAGCUUUCUACUUUGUUAAAUCAUAAUAAUGAUACUGAAGAAGAAGAAAGAUUGUGGAGAGACCUUAUUAUGGAGAGAGUUACCAAAUCAGCAGAUGCUUGUCUUACCACUAUCAACAUCAUGACAUCUCCUAACAUGCCGAAAGCUGUGUACAUUGAAGAUGUAAUUGAAAGAGUUAUACAGUACACUAAAUUUCACUUACAGAAUACACUCUAUCCCCAGUAUGACCCUGUUUACAGAUUAGAUCCACAUGGAGGAGGAUUAUUAAGUUCGAAGGCAAAGCGGGCUAAAUGUUCUACUCAUAAGCAGAGAGUAAUAGUAAUGCUUUAUAACAAAGUUUGUGACAUUGUUAGUAGCUUAUCAGAACUGCUAGAGAUACAGCUUCUUACAGACACAACAAUUCUUCAGGUUUCAUCAAUGGGAAUAACACCUUUUUUUGUGGAAAAUGUCAGUGAACUACAAUUGUGUGCUAUUAAGUUAGUCACUGCAGUAUUCUCAAGAUAUGAAAAGCAUAGGCAGUUAAUAUUGGAAGAAAUUUUUACUUCACUUGCAAGAUUACCAACUAGCAAGAGAAGUUUAAGGAAUUUCAGGUUAAAUAGUAGUGAUGUGGAUGGAGAACCUAUGUAUAUUCAGAUGGUUACAGCACUAGUUUUACAACUUAUUCAGUGUGUAGUUCACUUACCAUCAUCAGAGAAGGACCCUAAUUCAGAAGAAGACUCAAACAAAAAAGUUGACCAGGAUGUUGUCAUUACUAAUUCAUAUGAAACAGCUAUGAGAACAGCCCAAAACUUUCUUUCCAUCUUCCUUAAAAAAUGUGGUAGUAAGCAAGGUGAAGAAGAUUACAGACCACUUUUUGAAAAUUUUGUUCAAGACCUUCUUUCAACAGUCAAUAAGCCCGAGUGGCCAGCUGCUGAACUACUCCUUAGUUUGUUAGGGAGACUGUUGGUUUCUGGAGGAGAAGAUGAAAUCCAACAAUUGCAAAAGGCAUUGCUUGAUUAUUUGGAUGAGAACACUGAGACUGACCCUUCACUGGUGUUUUCUCGUAAAUUCUAUAUAGCCCAGUGGUUUCGUGACACAACUCUGGAAACAGAAAAAGCAAUGAAAUCACAAAAAGAUGAAGAAUCCUCUGAUGGGGCACACCAUGCAAAAGAAAUUGAGACAACUGGUCAAAUAAUGCAUCGAGCUGAAAACCGGAAAAAGUUCCUUAGAAGCAUUAUCAAAACCACACCAUCUCAGUUCAGCACAUUAAAGAUGAACUCAGAUACUGUGGACUAUGAUGAUGCGUGCUUGAUUGUCCGAUACUUGGCCUCUAUGAGGCCGUUUGCCCAGAGCUUUGAUAUUUAUUUGACGCAGAUACUACGAGUUCUUGGUGAAAAUGCAAUUGCCGUUCGAACAAAAGCCAUGAAGUGUUUAUCUGAGGUUGUUGCUGUAGACCCCAGUAUUCUAGCAAGGCUUGACAUGCAGCGAGGAGUUCAUGGCCGAUUAAUGGAUAACUCCACUAGUGUUCGAGAGGCAGCCGUGGAAUUACUAGGUCGAUUUGUCCUUUGUCGACCUCAGCUUGCUGAGCAGUAUUAUGAUAUGCUGAUUGAAAGAAUAUUGGAUACUGGUAUCAGUGUCAGGAAAAGGGUAAUAAAGAUUUUAAGAGACAUCUGUAUUGAACAACCUACAUUUCCAAAAAUUACAGAAAUGUGUGUAAAAAUGAUUCGUAGAGUCAACGAUGAAGAAGGCAUUAAGAAAUUAGUAAAUGAAACAUUCCAAAAACUCUGGUUUACUCCAACUCCACAUAAUGACAAAGAAGCAAUGACAAGGAAGAUCUUAAACAUCACUGAUGUGGUUGCAGCAUGUAGAGAUACUGGAUAUGAUUGGUUCGAGCAACUCCUUCAAAACUUGUUGAAGUCUGAAGAGGAUUCCUCAUAUAAACCUGUGAAGAAAGCUUGUACUCAACUUGUUGAUAACCUAGUUGAGCAUAUUCUUAAAUAUGAGGAGUCUCUAGCUGACUCAGACAAUAAAGGUGUGAAUUCUGGAAGAUUGGUAGCUUGUAUAACCACUUUGUUCUUAUUCAGCAAAAUAAGACCCCAACUCAUGGUUAAGCAUGCUAUGACUAUGCAGCCGUACCUUACCACUAAAUGUAGUACGCAAAAUGAUUUCAUGGUUAUCUGCAAUGUUGCAAAAAUCCUUGAGUUGGUUGUACCAUUGAUGGAACACCCAAGUGAGACUUUCCUUGCUACUAUUGAAGAAGACCUGAUGAAGCUGAUUAUCAAAUAUGGCAUGACUGUAGUACAGCAUUGUGUGAGCUGUCUUGGGGCUGUUGUAAAUAAAGUGACACAGAAUUUUAAGUUUGUGUGGGCCUGUUUCAAUAGAUACUACGGUGCCAUUUCAAAAUUAAAAAGUCAGCACCAAGAAGACCCAAAUAACACUUCCCUUUUAACAAAUAAGCCAGCGCUUCUUAGGUCCCUCUUCACUGUUGGAGCACUCUGUCGGCAUUUUGACUUUGAUCUGGAAGAUUUUAAAGGCAACAGUAAGGUUAACAUAAAGGAUAAAGUACUUGAGCUGUUGAUGUAUUUUACGAAACACUCAGAUGAAGAAGUACAAACAAAAGCCAUCAUUGGUCUAGGCUUUGCCUUUAUACAGCAUCCAAGUCUAAUGUUUGAGCAAGAAGUGAAGAAUCUGUAUAAUAAUAUUUUAUCUGAUAAAAACUCCUCAGUGAAUUUAAAAAUACAAGUGUUAAAAAACCUCCAGACUUACCUACAAGAAGAAGACACGCGUAUGCAGCAAGCAGACAGAGACUGGAAGAAAGUUGCAAAACAGGAAGACCUAAAAGAAAUGGGAGAUGUUUCCUCGGGGAUGAGUAGCUCCAUCAUGCAGCUUUACCUCAAACAGGUGCUUGAGGCCUUCUUUCACACCCAGUCAAGUGUCCGCCACUUUGCCCUAAAUGUGAUCGCAUUAACUCUAAACCAGGGUCUUAUUCAUCCAGUUCAGUGUGUCCCAUAUUUAAUUGCCAUGGGCACAGAUCCAGAACCUGCUAUGAGGAACAAGGCUGAUCAGCAGCUUGUGGAAAUAGACAAGAAGUAUGCUGGAUUCAUUCAUAUGAAAGCAGUGGCUGGUAUGAAGAUGUCCUACCAGGUACAACAGGCGAUCAACACGUGCCUAAAAGACCCUGUCAGGGGGUUCCGACAAGAUGAGUCAUCCAGUGCUCUGUGCUCACACCUCUACUCCAUGAUCCGCGGGAACCGCCAGCACAGACGCGCCUUCCUUAUUUCCUUACUCAACCUCUUUGAUGACACAGCAAAAACUGAAGUGACUAUGCUCUUGUACAUAGCAGACAAUCUAGCCUGUUUCCCGUACCAGACUCAGGAAGAGCCGUUGUUUAUAAUGCAUCACAUAGAUAUUACACUCUCUGUUUCCGGUAGUAACCUAUUGCAGUCAUUCAAGGAGUCUAUGGUGAAGGACAAAAGGAAAGAAAGGAAAACGUCCCCUACCAAGGAGAAUGAGUCCAGUGAGAGCGAAGAGGAAGUUUCCAGGCCUCGGAAAUCUCGGAAGCGGGUAGAUUCGGAUUCUGAUUCCGACUCUGAAGAUGAUGUCAACUCAGUAAUGAAGUGUCUGCCAGAAAAUUCAGCCCCUUUAAUUGAAUUUGCAAAUGUUUCCCAGGGUAUUUUAUUACUCCUUAUGUUAAAACAACAUUUGAAGAAUCUCUGUGGAUUUUCUGAUAGUAAAAUUCAGAAAUAUUCUCCAUCUGAAUCUGCAAAAGUAUAUGAUAAAGCCAUUAACCGAAAAACAGGGGUUCAUUUUCAUCCCAAACAAACACUGGACUUCCUGCGAAGUGACAUGGCUAAUACCAAGCUAACGGAGGAGGUGAAGAGGAGCAUAGUAAGGCAGUACCUGGACUUUAAACUUCUCAUGGAACACCUGGACCCUGAUGAAGAAGAAGAGGAAGGCGAGGUGUCGGCCAGUACGAAUGCUCGGAACAAAGCAAUUACCUCGCUGCUUGGAGGAGGCAGCCCUAAAAAUAACACAGCAGCAGAGACAGAAGAUGAUGAAAGUGAUGGGGAGGAUAGAGGAGGAGGCACUUCAGGGUCAUUGAGAAGGUCAAAACGAAAUUCAGACUCUACGGAGUUGGCAGCACAGAUGAAUGAAAGUGUUGACGUCAUGGAUGUCAUCGCUAUUUGCUGUCCAAAGUACAAAGAUCGACCACAAAUUGCAAGAGUAGUACAGAAAACCAGCAGUGGCUUCAGUGUUCAGUGGAUGGCAGGCUCCUACAGUGGCUCCUGGACGGAGGCUAAGCGCCGCGAUGGCCGCAAACUGGUGCCUUGGGUAGACACUAUUAAAGAGUCAGACAUUAUUUACAGAAAAAUCGCUCUAACGAGUGCUAAUAAGCUGACUAAUAAAGUUGUUCAGACUUUACGAUCCCUGUAUGCCGCCAAGGACGGGACUUCCAGCUAAUGAAUUUGUACAUGCAGCCAAAUUUACAGGAAUUUUUUUAAAAGGCAAAAAAACUUGAAAUAUCAACAUUCUGGCAAAAAAAAAAUGAGUUUUUUGAAGAGUGGACCCUGGGAUGCAGGAACAAGGAAGGAAUGUUGGGCAGACAUUUCUGUGGGAGCUCCCUUCGCUGUUGUGCAGCAGAGACCUUUCUCGGUUCGUUUUUACUCCCACUGUAUUAUAGUUUAACAAAAUUGUUUAUAUCUUGGAAAAAACUUUCUGUUUAAAAAAUAAACAAGUGAAUGUUGGAAAUUAGUCUGUUAAUGUUCUUAAUAAAGUGUUCUUGGAGUUGAAUCUAAGCGGAUGGCUUUCUUUAGCUUAGCCCAGUUUCCAGGGAAGCAUUGUCUCUCCAGGCUGUAAAGUGGCAGACUCUCCUGGACAUAUAAUUUAUUCUGUCGAGAACAAAGCAUGCAGUACCUGUGGCCUACCUGCAGAAGGAGCUUUUGUAAAUGUAGAUUUUGUUGUAUUAGGUCAUCCUGAAAACAGUGCGAGAAGGGCCCCGGCCGUCUGGUGGAGCGAAUACUGCAAUAAAUUUUUUUACUUCUCUUUGUUACUUGUCUGUUUCCAUUUGAAUUUCUUAUUGUAAAGAUCUGUUUAAAUCCAUUUAUAUUAUUUUGCAGUCUUUUAUGUAAAAUUUAUUAUAUCAUUGGUUUUCAAAGCAGAACAUAAAAUAUUGUUUAUACAGUU